GAAACAGUCAAACAGUCAAACAGUCCUUUUAUAGCUUAUUAAAAAUACGCGAAAUGAUUAGUGCAUUUUUCAUUUACAAUCUGAAGGGUGAAGUUCUCAUCUCACGAUUAUAUCGUCAAGAUCUAAAACGAUCCAUAGCAGAUAUAUUUCGAAUACAAGUAAUAUCCAACACUGAUGUACGAUCACCCAUAGUUACGCUUGGUUCUACAUCAUUUUUUCACGUUAGGCAUGAAAACCUUUAUAUCGUUGCUGUUACAAAAUGUAAUGCUAAUGCCGCCUUAGU